AUGAAGCUCCUGAAGUUCCCUUGGGCACGACAUGAUGCCCUUCUGUCGCAUGCUCUCGUUCUCGCUUCCCUCGUGGCUGCAUUUUUUUUAACCGAAAAUUUUGUAAAACGAAAAAGUAGCCUUUUCUCUGUACAAGUGUCUAGCAAGAAGGUGUGUGAUUUUUUGCGCAAAAAUUUUUACAAAGUGGACGCUCUGUACAUAUGUGGCGGUUCUGUCGUGCACAAGGAUUUUUUUCAUAAUGACUGGAGGAGCGUGCGGGACGGUUCCGGCCUUGCGCACCGCGAUGGUCGCCACACAGACCAUCAUGCAGACCACCAUGCAGACCACCACGCAGAUGGACACAGCGACUUCACCGUCGACACGAACAACCCAGCUCUGAACGAGCAAAUCCUGGCCAAGUCUCGCAUCAUAUUUAAAAAACUAGACAGCAACAACAACAGCGUGAUAGACUUGAACGAAUUCAAAACGAACGUAAGUAUAUUGUCUCAACUCAGGAGCAUAAAUGAGAAGGUGCUGAGUUACCUAUUCGAUCUGUUCGACGUAAACAAGGACCACAAAAUUAAUUACGUGGAAUUCUUGUCCCUAAAUUCGUACGACUUCAAUUACGUGAAGCUCAUUCAAAUUUUAUUUGAUGAAGGGAAGGUAGUUGAGGAGAAUACAAUUUAUAAUUAUUUGAAGAUAUAUUUUUCAGAGUUCCUGGACAGCGUAGUGAACGAUGUGAUGGAAGACAUAGACGUGUAUUUUUUUACUCGAAAGGAUGAGCUCGUUCAAUCUUUGGUGAAAAAUUUUUUUAAAAAUGAAACAAGGAAAUGGGAUAUGAAUGGAGAUGAGAAAUUGCAACUUGAGGAAUUUCAGAAUUUUCAGCUAUCCCUUCUCGUGCAAAUUGACCACCUGGCGAAUUUUCUCCAUUUGGACUUGAAUUUUGAUGGGCGCAUAGACUUGCCUGAGUUGCUCUUUUAUAUUAGUCACGACGGGGAGACAUAUAAAAAGUUGCGCGCUUAUAUGGAGGGAGACGGUGAUAAGGAGCGUGGCCAUCGCAUAGGAGCGAAGCGGGAGGCCCUGUUCAGUUACCUCCGGGAGGAACUCCACGUGGACGAUUCGCUUGUGCGCAACUUGCAGUACAUUUUCUACUCGUUCGAUGUCAACGGUGACCUCCUCCUCGAUUUGGAAGAGUACAAGGAUCAGAUGAGCACUUUCUCCGUGCUGCACUUGGCCCCAGAAAUCGUCUUCUCAGGCUAG